AUGGAAACGGGAAAGGGGAUGAACAAGAAACACACAAUAUGUUUGAUUAGUGCCAAUGUGUUAAGAGGAGAGUUCCUUCAUGGAGGUGCAGUUCUUGAUUGCUGCUUUCAUGAUGAUACCUCUGGUUUUAGUGCUAGUGCAGAUAACACUGUCACAAGGCUUGUUUUUGACCACGAAAGGGAGGAUCUUUUGGGACGCCAUGAUGCCCCUGUUCGUUGUAUCGAGUACUCUUAUGCAACAGGGCAAGUGAUUACAGGUAGUUGGGACAAAACUUUGAAGUGUUGGGACCCACGUGGUGGAGGUUAUGCACUUAGCUCUGUAGAAGGUCGUGUUGCAAUGGAGUUUUUUGAUGCCAUUAACAGCACUUUGCAAUUCAAGGUAACUUCACCAGAGGCAGCUCUGGUUUUUCUUCAAGCAUGGAAAGCUGCUGGGACCCCAAAUGUGAAGGUAGCUGCAGUUGUAACUGGUACAUCAACCAUAUUUCAUGAAGCUACACCUUCAUCUGAGCAGUUUAUUGAAGUUGCCUUUACUCCAUCAAAAGCAACUGGAAAGGUUCUUGCUUCAGAGCCUCCAAAGCAAGGGAAUGAAAGAUGCACUGUGUUGUACCCUGCCUCUGCAAAAGUUGGUCAUGAUAUAGGAACCUGUACAACAUGUGGAUCAAACCAUUCUACAACAAGCACUCUCUGCUUCUGUAGUUGCAGUUGCAUCACCUUCUACAGUUGGACAUGGGAGGGUUCUGUUGCAUGCAUUGGUGAAACCACUGCUUCAGCUGCUAGAAAAUUAGGCUUAACAAAUGUAUACCACCCAUCUACCCCUGGUCUUCACGGAUGGGUUGACACCAUUUUUGAUGCUUUACGUGUACAUAAUCAUCUCUCAAAUGUCUAAAACCAAGUACCUUUUUUUAUGCAAGAAUUUGAGAGUUGAUGCAUAUGAUCACUAAAUGAGGGAGUACAUUACAAUUUACAAGAACAAAUUACAUCUUUGUACAUCUCUAUAAUAAAUAUUAUGUAAUAUUAGCAAUGUGUUACAUUUACUUACUAUUGGAAUGAUUAUUUGUAUUUGACAUAUUAGUG